AUGUUGAGAUACAGAAGUAGUGCGGCUCCGGAAAACUUGCUUCUUGAUGCUCAAGGAAAUCUGGAAGUCUGGUUUUGGAUUCAGCACCUUGUCCCAACAAGUCAUGAGUGGAUAUUAAUCUCUGAUUUUCUCAAAAAGGAUCUUGCUUUGUUUUUGAAAAAAAACUACAAGCCAGAACAGAAGCUUGUGAAGAAUAGUUUCAUCAUCAGGAAUCGAACCAAGAUCCACUCUCCUGAAGAUAUAUUGAGAGUCAAAGAAGAUUGA